AUGGAGGACCACCCGGUGUUUUUCCUGUGUCCCGAGCUGCUCCCACAGCAAGAACGAAGCGUGGAGAGGUAUUUUCGGAACAGACGCAGAUCCGGCGGCGGAGACGGGGGUCCGCUGCGUAAAGACCACACCGGGGUCUACAGCCUGUCGUUCAGGAGUCAAAAAGAUCAACAUGAAGUUCUCAGGAAGAAAAAACAUGUGGUGGAGGUUGGAGACUGUUCCCUGGAAAUCAUGGUCACAGAAGUGUCUCCUGAACACGGCAGAUCCCAGACGGACUGUGCAACUGCAAAGACUUGCAGAAGCUCACCCCUUCCCUCUAGUGGCGACCAUCAUGAACUACACGUGGAUCGUUACCUCCUCUUUUACCUGAAAGACUGUGAAAAAGCUGAACACUGGCUUCUCAAACAGUUAUCACUGUUGCACUGCAGGGCUGAGUUGUACCCAGAAAAUGAGAGCGUUGUGGUGAAGAGGAAGAGGGAGGGUGUUUGGUACUUGAAGGCAAAGCAGCUGAAGUGCUACGAGCUGACGAAUAUAUUGCAGAGCUCGACAAGACGUCUGGAUGACUUUGAGCAGGCUUUACGCACCAAUUUCCACCUACAGGAAGUUCCUAUUGCAGAUGUGAAGGCCAUAUGUUCGCUGCAAGUGAAAAUCAAACCAAUUUUGACAAAAAUCAACUGUGAGGGACGUAGGGUUGAGGCGUUGGCUUCACUUGAUAAUGUUAUUUACCUUGUGGGCCACGCCAAAGAAGUUAAAGAGCUUUAUGAAAUUGUCACACGGAUUGUUGAGGAUUUGGAUGAAGAAAUGGAACAAGGCAGGUCCUUGAAGGCAUCACAUAGUCUGGACUUGAAUGUGUUUUGUCCAAAUGCUUCAAAAUCCUCCUUCAUGUCACUCCAGGAAAACCGUUCUAAGCAUCCACCGCAAACGUGUCCUUCGCUUCUCGAUCAAGACGCGAUUGUCGUGGCUCGAUAUUUCCCGCAGGAAGACCUAGAGGUGUUGGUUUGUUUGGGCGACAUCAUCAAACAGGAAGCGGACGCGCUGGUGAACGCGGCUAACAAAGAUUUGAAACACGAGAGCGGCUCGGCUUUGGCUCUGUGCAAAGCCGGUGGGCGGGAAAUUCAAAUGGAAUGCAACGCUUUGGUGGAAAAUUACGGGAAAAUUUGCACGGGAGAAGCAGUGGUGACAGGCGGGGGCGCGCUGAAAUGCAAAAAGCUGAUACAUGCGGUCGCUCCGGUGAAUGGCAGAGUGGAUGGAAGAGAAAAGGCGUUGAUACAGAAAGCCGUCACCUGUGCUUUGGAUCUGUGUGAGAUCAUGGAGUUCACAUCAGUAGCGUUGCCCUGCGUAGGCUCAGGAGUGUUUGUGGUGCCUGCGUCUGUGUGCGCCGAGGCUAUCGCAAGCGCGGUUCGGGGUUUCAGCGCGAUCGGGCAGCGGAGUUUGAAGAAAAUUACUCUGAUAGACGAUAGAAAGAAGGUGGUGAAGUCUUUAAAGGCUGCGUGUGAUCGGGUACUGCGAGAUAUGCCGGUGAGGGAAAGUCUAGAUGUAGAAGUUGAGGAAACAUGGGAGGAGCAAACAGAAGGGCCGCUCAAAAGGCCGUCAGCGCCGUUAGAAGUGGCAUCCAAAGACAGCGGCGGGACGGCUAUCAAAGUGGACAUCAUACAAGGCACGAUUGAAAAGCAACAGGUGGAUGCGGUGGUGUCGCCGAUGUGCGGUGGGGGUCCUCUGUCCACUCGUGUUGGGAAGUGCUUGUAUGAGACGGUUGGGCCUCAGCUAACGGACAUUUACUCCAAACAAGAGCAAGGAGAGACGCCUGGAGACUGCGUGAUGGUGGACGGUCUGAGUGGAGCCAUGUUUAAAGCUAUUUUCUUUGUACAUCUCCUACAAUGGGACAAUGACCCGGAUGGAACUGCAGUUGAGGUCUUGAGGCUGGUGGUCAGUGAGGUCUUAACCUCGUGUGAAAACCAGGGCUUUACUUCCAUCGCUUUCCCCAUUCUCGGAGCUGGAGUGGCCCUCGGCUUUCCCGGGGACGUUGUGGCACAGGUUUUUCUCGAAGAAAUUCACAAUUUUGGCCAAAGACGGCACCAAACGGCUCCUUUCGCGGUCAGCAUCGUCUGCCCGCCAAGUGACGAGGAUUUCACCGAGACGCUGAAAUCUAUGCAGGAUUCAUUGGAGGAACCGGUUUUGCAAGAGCCAAAGCGAAUCAUCCUCUUGGGGAAAACCGGAUCCGGGAAGAGCAGCUUGGGAAACACCAUUUUGGAAGAACCGUUUUUUGAGACUGACGACACUCCCAACUCCGGGACAAAGAAAUGCCAAUCCAAAACCCAAACGAGGAACGGAAGCAGCUUCACCCUGAUCGACACUCCCGGUUUAUUCGAUUCAGAGCGUCCCGAAGAGGAGCUCAUGCCGCAGAUCCUCAGCUGUCUCACCGAAAGCACACCGGGACCACACGCUUUCCUCAUUGUGCUAAAAGUCGAAAAAUUCACGACGCAAGAGCAAUCCGUCAUCAACAAAAUAUGCCAAUACUUUUCCGAAGAAGCCUUACAAUACGCCACCGUGGUCUUCACCCACGGCAACCAGCUACCGCCUGGCACAACGAUUGAAACCUUUAUCAGCCAAAGUAAAGAUUUGAGCAAGCUCGUAGAAAAAUGCGGUAACCGUUGCCACGUUCUCGAUAACACAUAUUGGAACGACGCACAACCAGACCAGUACAGAUCUAACCGAUUCCAAGUCGAGGCUUUGCUUGACACCGUUGACCACAUGGUGAAAAGCAAUAACUGCGGGUUUUACACAAAUAAUGCGUUCAAAGUUCUGGAGGAAGACAUAGAGGAAGAAAUUAUCCAAAUCAAAGACGUCGAUGUAUACAAGCCUCCGGAUAUCGUUAGAAAAGAGGCGACAAAACGCGUGUUGGACAGGUGGCUGAUCAGUCUGGCAGGGAUAGGCACAGGCGCAGUGCUAGGAGCGAUUUUUGGCAUUGAAGCGAUGGUGAAGAUGGUUCUUCUCGCCGUUCAAAAGACGGUGUUUGUUAACGGAGCGCGAAAGCUUAUAUCUGCCACAGGGUGUGCUCCGUCAGGGAAGGGGCUGGCGAUUGCGACUGGGGUAGCGAUUGGUGUGGCUGCGUUGGUUGGAGGCGCUAGCGGUGCGGCGAUCGGAGGAAAGGAAGCCGAUGAAUCCGACUCGGUGGGAGAAGUUGUGGCGAAGACGAAAAAGGCAAUAUGCGGCACAAGGGAGCAGGGUCUGAAAGCCAUCCAAGACGUGGCAAAACGCUACAGCUUUGGUUCCAGGAUGCUCCCAAACACCAACAAAUCUCUGAAUUCCACCCAGGAGACCAUCGUGGACAGCACCGCCUCCACCACCAUGGGAGCUCUCAUCUUGUCUUUAGUUUUCCUCCUGGGAUUCCCUGGCAACAUCUUCAUCAUCUGGAGCGUUCUGGCCCGCGCCCGGAAACAAAACGUCACCACGCUGCUGAUUUUAAACCUGGCUAUAGCCGACGGAUCUCUCAUGGCUCUCACCCCUUUCUUCAUCAUCUACCUCAUUUUCAAGAACUGGAUUUUUGGAAACGUCAUGUGCAAAGUGCUCUUCUACCUGUGUCUGUUGAACAUGUACGCAUCUAUUUACCUGAUCACCAUCAUGAGUUUGUACCGGGUGCUGGCGAUACGGUGGCCUCACAGGGUCAGGGCGAUCACAGGGAAGAGGACGGUGAUGCAGGUCUUGGCGGUGACGUGGGUUUUGGUGAUGCUGGCCUCGAUCCCCGCCCUGCUCUACAGAGACACCAGGAGCAGUGGCGAGAGGGCGGCCUGCGAUUCUUAUCACGCCACUGACAAAGACGUGGUGAUCCAGUACAUGUUGGAGUUGGUGGUUGGCUUCUGCUUCCCGUACACUGUCAUCGUGGUCAGCUACAUCUGCAUCCUCAAGAGAAUCAGACAGACCAAGUUCCGGAGGAGGAUCCGCAGCGAGAAGCUCAUUCUGGCCAUAGUCGUGACCUUCUGCCUCUUCUGGCUGCCCUACCACGUCGUCAACAUGGUGCAGGUCACAUGGGCUUUGUAUCCAGAGGGACCAGUUAAAGACAGAUUGAACGUGAUCUGGCAUCGGAGCCGAGCCGUAGCAGCAGCCAUCGCCUUCAUCAGCAGCUGUGCAAACCCAGUGCUCUACUUCUUUGCCGGAAAGUCUUACAUCCGGCGCGAGGGCAUGGCAUUCAUGGCUCGGCUUUUUGAACGGACCGGACUGGAUUCCGCCACAAGGAAAAGUCGACAGAACAGUCAAAACAGCAGAGACAAGGAGGUGAACUCUGUCAUGCUGAAAGAGAAAGAGCCAGAGCUAGAUUCAGACACCAGCUCAAACCGGGUGAAGCCAGUCAAGAACGGCCACUAG